AUGACCGCGGAGGAACUCUUUCUGAGUUGCUCCGUCAAUCAACCGCUUCCUCCCCCUGUGCGUGGUGCAGACCGCCUUAGCAGACACCUUCGGGACCCGGAAGCACGGCCUGCGCGUUCAUCGCCAUAUGCCCUCCCAGGGCUACGCAAGGUGAUGGUAUUUGGCCCUCGUCGUCAGGACGAGCGGGUACCGAGGCGAGUGGCAAAAUACUGGUGUAGUUCAUCAAAGAAGUUGCGCAGAAACGCCCCCACCGCGAAAGAUUUGCCGCCACACCCCCUACCUCCCCUUAAUGUGUCUGUUGCCAGUGCGCAACAAGGCACUCCACCACAACCCCUCCAUUCUCAUGACAACGGCAGUGCGGAAUCUCGUCUCGAGCUCCCUCAGCAGGAGGUGCAACUCCCUCCUCAGCCUGUGCCUGCCGAGCGGGUGGAGGAGGUGUGCGCCACUGCGAGGUCGAGGAUGCGACGGCAGGUCCUUUCAGUGAACGGGAUGCCGUCGAAUGACGAGAACAUCGCCAUGGCACGUACUGCGUUAGCAGACGCAAUCGCGCACACUCCCAACAUGCCUGCAGGCCAGCACUAUCUCCCAGACGCCGAUACAUUUGUCAUGUCACUCACAAAAAUCACUGGGACUGUCCGAACCGUGGUGAAGUCUGCUGUGCGCGCCAUCAUCCAACCACAGUACAAUCUCGAACUCGGCAUAUGGGACGCGUCGUCGGAGGUUGCGCACAAACUGCGGGUCGUGCCUGCCCUCACGACACACCUGCAGUGUCUGUUCACAACUGUGAAGAUGGUACUUGACGCCUCGUUAUCGAGAUCUUGUGGACCCACGGGGUUCUACAAAGAUCUUGAUUUCAAUGAUCCAACUGCGCUAGAUGGUGUCAUUGCUCUGGCUGGCGCCGCACUGUGCUCAGCGCUUAUGGAGUACAAGACAGGAGUAUACAAGCGCGUUGAAUUUUCAACAGCGAAAUCAAAGGAUACUUACCAGAAUGUUACUGCCUAUAUUUCAGAUAAGAUUUAUCCCCGUGUUGAACUCGCAGCACGUUUCAAGGCAUUGAAAGACAAAAUGAAGGAACGAGGAGAGGUCAGAUUGGGUUUGUAG